GACGCUGAUUGGCUCAAACCACACUCGUUCAGAUAAAUUAUCCAGGGUGUUAUUUUUCAUCAUCCUAUUCUAUCCUAACUUUGCUUGCCCGCUCUCUAUCUUCUCAUUUCAGUCCUCUCUCACCCCCUCAGUCUCUCUCUCCCUCUCCCUCUCCCUCUCUCCAUCUUCCUUCAUUACUCUACUUCUUAUAUUAUGCUUGGAACAAUUCACAACUCCUUCAAGAUAUUGUUCAAUUCUGUUGUACUCCUUUUUCGUUGAUUUUUGAUACCGAUUAUUCCUUCUUUGGUUAACUCGUUUUGAACACACUCUUUUUUGAAAUCAUUUCCACCAACAGGUCCCCAUUUCAAGAGAGAUUAAAAUAAGCGGGUUGACUUACUUACAUUCCCCUUUUUUUUUACCCUUUCACAACUCUAAUUCUUGAUCUUUUGAUUCUCGAAUAUCGACAAGAGGAUUGAAUUGAAGAAGACACGAAGAGGAGCAGAAGAAGAAGCGUGUAUUGAAAAGACGAAGAAGAGGAACAGAGAAAAGAAUUCCAGGCAGUCCUUAUCGAUUCGUCCAAACUGUUCGAUUAAGCUUGACGAAAAGUCUACCUCCUUUUUUAAAGACCAAACUUCUUUGUUGUUCCUAUUGUUCCAAUAUUCUCUAUACAACCCGCUCAAAUCUUGCAUUGAGCAGAUAUUUCGAAGCUCUUCUCUCAGAACUGCCCAAUUUGCCUUCGCAUUGAAACGGCCACUACUUCGAUUGGAAUCCUUUGCGGCCAAAGCAAAGCCCUUCGAGCAUUCACUUAACUUCAAGCGUCCAUUCCUUCGAUCCAACACACUUCGAUCACCUACCAUAUAGAUACCUUGCGACGAUUCACAUCGACAACUCCUCCUUUCGAUUCGAAUACUUGUAUACAAACUGAACCUAUUUUAAUAUUCAUAUUUCUAUCUACACAAGAAUUUGUUUGUAGCGGCAAACAUUCUCAAUUCCAGCCAACCUCGAAUAUCUACAUACCUAGCUUUGUUAAUACAUAUCCAAACUUCACUUCAGACAAAUACUUCGAAUUUGAACUUCUCGGCACAUCCACUCUUCUCGCGAUCUUUGGCAGAUUAAUUUUCAGUUGGAUAUCUUUUGGUCAAUUGAUUCAUUCAAUCUUCAAGACCGAAAGUUCUUCAACGUGCCUCUGCAGGCACAGUUUAAUCUUUCAAAACGGCGGUAAUAUCAUCUCUUGUGCGGGACAGCUUUGUCCUGCCACCUCAUCUUCUCGGGAUGCAGGAGUCACAAACUCAAAAUGGCGGAUCUGGAGCGACAUCUGUGAAUAGACCCUUUGGGCAUGCAUCUAAGCCCUCCAGCAGCGAUACGGGCUUCUCUCAUGGCGCAUACAGCUCAAAUCAGUUUUCGAUGGGUGGUUAUGGUGAUAGACAUCCUCGCAGAGUGAACAUUCCUUCGAUAAAUACACAAAGCAUGGGUCAACAAGGUCAGAAUGAUAUGACAACACCGGGAACCGCAUUUGAUAUGCAAUUCACGCCUUUGUUACCUUCACAGCUUCUUCUUGGUAGUCCAUUCCAACCAGGGACUCCUUCUGCGUUUCAAAGUCCCCAAUUCCAAAAUUAUGCAACCUUCCAACAGCAACAGCAGAAUCAACAACAACCUCAGAGCCCAACUGGGCCCAUGUCUCCUCAACUAUACCAGAGCUUGGUAUCCCCUUCGACUUAUGGCGCACCUCAAUUCUACAACCCACAAUCUCCAACCGGCGGAUUUGCUCAAAUGAACAACGGGAUGCAGAACAUGAGCAUGGCCCCUUCCUCUCCAGUACAGAUGUCACCAGGUUUGGUUUCAGGAACUAGCCGAACUGUUUACUUGGGAAACAUCCCCCCUGAGACGUCCGCAGAAGAAAUUCUUGGUCACGUCCGAAGUGGCCAGAUUGAAUCUGUUCGACUUUUGCCAGAUAAGAACUGUGCUUUCAUCUCAUUUUUGGAUGGAAGUUCUGCCACACAUUUCCACUCCGAUGCGAUUUUGAAGAAGCUUUCUAUCAGAGGCCAGGAUAUCAAGGUUGGUUGGGGAAAGCCUUCUCAAGUACCCACCUCUGUCGCUCUUGCCGUUCAACAAUCAGGUGCUUCGAGAAAUGUUUAUUUGGGAAAUCUUGGUGAAGAGGUCACUGAGGACGAGCUACGUGAAGAUCUUGGAAAAUUCGGCCCAAUUGAUACAGUGAAGAUUGUUCGUGAAAAGGCAAUUGGUUUUGUUCAUUUCUUGUCGAUUGGAAAUGCUAUCAAGGCGGUCUCUCAGUUACCUCAGGAGGCAAAAUGGCAGUCACCACGUCGGGUCUACUACGGAAAGGAUCGUUGCGCUUACGUUUCGAAGACCCAACAACAGAAUGCUGCACAAUAUCUUGGUAUCGCACCAGGGUAUGCUCAUGUUCUUAAUGGGGCUGAUCGUGACUUGAUUUCUAAUGCUUUGGCUCAACAAUCUGUAGCUGCAGCAGCUGUUGCCACAACUGCGGGUGGAAUCAAUAACCUUGGGAACCGAACUGUUUACCUUGGUAACAUUCAUCCGGAGACAACAAUCGAAGAAAUUUGCAAUGUUGUUAGAGGUGGUCUUUUACAUCACAUUCGAUAUAUACCCGACAAGCACAUUUGCUUUGUCACAUUCAUUGAUCCAACUUCUGCUGCUUCUUUCUAUGCUUUGAGUAACUUGCAAGGAUUGAUGAUUCAUAAUAGAAGAUUGAAGAUUGGGUGGGGAAAACACUCUGGUGCUCUUCCUGCUGCAAUUGCUCUUGCUGUCAGUGGUGGUGCAUCAAGAAAUGUUUACAUUGGUAACUUGGACGAAUCAUGGACUGAAGAGAGAUUGAGACAAGAUUUCUCUGAAUAUGGUGAGAUUGAAUUGGUCAACACACUUCGAGAGAAGAGCUGCGCCUUUGUCAACUUCACCAACAUUGCAAACGCUAUCAAGGCAAUUGAGGCCAUCCGAGGCAAGGAAGAGUACCGUCGAUUCAAAGUCAACUUUGGAAAAGAUCGAUGUGGAAAUCCUCCACGACAGGUCCAACAAUCCCAAUCUCCGCGCGGUGAUGGUGUUAACUCACCUCCUCAUUCGGGCGGUCUUCAACCCAGUCAAAAUGGUUCUUCACCUACGGGUUCCGUAGCUCCAGGUUCAAUCAAUGGAUCAAAUGGAAAUUUCCAACAGCAACAGCAACAACAGCAACAACAGGGAUCUACUCCAUCGACUAUUCUUAACGCUGGAAGUAACAAUCCUUUGACCAUGUACCUCAACCAAGUUUCUCAACAAGCUCAACAACAACAACAACAAAAUCUUGAUCCAUACUCUGUUGCAGCUCUUCAACAACAGCAGCAACAAGUUCUUGCAGCGCAACAAGCUGCUUUGUACGGCGGUGGUAACAUGGAUGAAAUGAAUAUUCAGCAACCACAAUCGAAUGGACAUGGUUCAAGCGCAAGUAUUAGCAACACGAAUGGUUUCCAAUCAUCUGGAGCACCCACCAUGAAUGGAUUGUUGGCUCCAGCCAGAGGAAGUCACAGUAGGGCUGUUUCUCUCCCUGUUUUCGCACAACCAGAUGGUAAUGGAAACGGAGAGCAGCAGGGAAACCCAAGAGGUAGAGGACAUCAAUAUCAAAGUUCUUUCUCUGGUGGUCUAGGCAAUGGAGGUUUCAACAGCGGGUAUGGACUUGGCAUUGAUGGACAAGGACAUGGACUCAAUGGUUGGGCCGAAGAGGAAGUGGCAGGACAUUAAUCAAGGACGGGGACUUUUAAUGAUUAUUUUGAGCUUAUAGUAUGGAGGAGGAAAAGUGGCUUAGUUGAUUUGUUUGAAAUUGAACUUGCGUGCAUUUGAUAGGCAUGGGCAGGAAAUAUUGUGUUGUAAUACCGAGCUCUCAAUUUCUUAUUUAUUCCAUUUUAUCUUUUCUUUACUACCUUCAUUCGCUUUGUUGUGUUUUCUUUCUUGUUUUGGUCUUUAAUGGCUUUUGCGUUCUGUGUAUCUUCUUUUAUUUCGUGGGGUCGAGGUGUGAAGGGGAAACAUUUGCGGAUGGAAAAUUGAGAAAGGCGAGGAUCUCAAGAGAGGGUGUUGAAUGCUUGAUAUUGAUAUCCAGAAAAAGGGAGGACGUAAUUAGAGAAUUCAAGAGAGGAUUGGAUAAGAAAUGAUGAACCGUAUGGGAUUAGGUAUCAGGAUAGAAAGAAACUUAGCAACCUGACCCGGUGAUGGGAGGCGGCUCUAGGAGAGGAAUGAGAUGGGAAAUGAAAAAUGAAACA